ACCAGUUUCCUCACACAGCCGGGAAUUGAAUGCACAUUCUUCUAAAGGAAGUCGUUUGGGAUAUUGCUGAAAACCUCCUGAAACCGGGCCUCCAGGUCCUCCAUUGUGUCCUCCAGCAUUUUCCAGGACGUUGGCUGGGGACGACGUGGACCUCGUGAUUGUCCUGCAAGAAGUCCAGAGUGAUUUUUUUCCUGUGGGGCUACACAAAGGAGGAGGUGUACAGGACAAAGCCUCGCACAUUGGAGCACUUGGAGAUUAAAGCGCUGUGCUUUUGCGCUUGUGAUGGGAGGAUUCGGAGUGAUGGCUAAUGAGGAAUCUUUGGAUUAUUCCGUGCAUGAAGCCUGGAACGAAGCGACCAAUGUUUACCUUCUGGUUAUUUUGGUCAGUUUUGCGCUGCUGAUGUACGCCAGGAAAAACAAGAGGAAGAUCAUGCGCAUCUUUGCAAUGCCUCCCACAGUGGGAUCGGCUCCAGAGCCAAAUUUCUACGACAGCCUGCAGAAAGUACGGCUCAGGCAGCAGCUGGAGAUGUAUUCUCUCUCUCGAAAGUUUGAUCAACAGCACCAGCAGGGCCAGGCACAGGAGUGUGUGCAGCUGUCGAUGGAAUGAACAAGAGCCAAGAGCUCUGUGUGAAGGACAACGGAUUAUACAAAUGUGAAGAUGCUGUGUGUUGAUGCAGUAAUGUUUCGGCAUACAAUAUUUCCAGAAGUCUGAACAUGUGAACACACACAUACACACAAACUAGUCACUGGUAAACUGCUCACCCAGGGGGAAUAUGAAUAUUUUACUAGAAUGUUUUUCUUUUGAGUAAUUGUUUAAAAUGGUAAAAUAAGCAGUAAAGAAUAAGACAAAUCUAGUAUGAGUGACACUACUGAAUUAUUAUUAUGCGCAAGUGCUGCCACCUCGUGGUCAUUUUAGGCAUUACGCGUUCAUAGGCCAUUACAUUACUCUUUCUUUUCCAGUUUAUACAUUAAGAUCAAAUUUAAUGAUUAUUAGAAUAAAUCCAACAAUUCUUUUACAGUUAGGUCAAAAAAUAUAUAAAAAUUAAAAUUUUUGUAUAGGUUAUAUGUGCUUUCCUCUGUUCAGGUUUUCUGUUGUAUUCUCAUAAAAGAUACUUAAAAUAUUUGCACUUUCCUAUAAUAUCAAGGUUUACAGGUGUUUUUUUAAAUAAUAAUAAUAAUAAUAAUAAUAAUAAUAAUUAUUAUUAUUAUUAUUAUAUUGUGUCAUUGAGAUUUAUUGUGCAUUAUUUUUUUGCAUUAUGAAAUUCAGCAUCUGACCUAUUGCCCUGUAGUGGUUGUGCGAGGUAACAGCAGUUUGUUGUGUAUAAUUCUUUAUUAUUAUUAUUGUUCUUGUUGUUAUUACUACAGUGAUUGAUUAGAAUUUCACAGGAACACACCUUGCUUAAGCCAUUUUUUUUCCAUUUUCAGGAAUCAGUUAGUAAGCAUAUUUAAUUUAAAGCACAUUUUAAAUUAUUGAAGGUGAGCUUCUUAGGUUUUAAGAACAGACUAGGUAAUUCCUAUAGUUAAAUUUAAUUUCAUUAAGAUUAAAACAUAAAAAAUUACUCUAGAAAUGUUGCUCUAAAAUUAAGGGCGAGCCUAGGAAAAAGCAAACUGUAAAUAAAGUAAUAAAAA